CCAGCACUCACAGAGAUGAAUCUCUCCACACGAUUCUCGGCGUGUUGCGUGGACUCUUGUGUAUGCCUGUUGCCAAUAAGUCGGGAGAAGGUCGGCCAGAGAGUAGUCGUUCUGGGAGGCUGUGGGGAUCUCCAUUGUGCCGGCAUCAGGGACGAUCACAAGCCAGCCAAUGAGCUUGCAAAUGUGUUCCGUUCCCAAACGCUUUGUGUGGUUGUGUGUGUGCGGGUGCCCUGGCUGCUUACGACCGUACAUAACCAGCAGCCAACAGUCGUCGUCGCCCCGGGACCACGUCUUUGAGAACAUAUCGCAGCCGUACGUACUGCCGCGUUCGCAAUACCCACAUACUGGUCAGCCUGAGAACAAUGGCGUCUUCCGAUCGACGGUUCGAGGGCCAGCGGUGCCCAAGUCUACCAGAACCGGCGCACUCGCAGCCUGAUGAGGCGUCAGAACCCCGCGAGCACGUGCCCUCUUCUUUGCCUGAUGCUGCGAACCACAGUUCCGACACAUCUACACAUCCUGUUGCUCCGAAUUCGACUGAAGCGCAAUCAACCAUUGGUAGGGAGAAUGAAGCGGGGGAUGCUGUCGAGAAGAAGGACACAGACCCGCAGGACAGCGUCCCGGCAACGCAUGGCGAAGGAUCAUCGCCAACAAGAUUCUUGCUGGUGGAUGACAAUCCAGUCAAUCGGAAGAUUAUGGUCGCGUGCAUGAACAGGCUCAAUUGCCAGUACACGACGGCCACGAACGGUCAGGAGGCGGCUGAUGCGUUCCGUGCGAACCCCAGAGCAUAUCGGUGCGUCUUUAUGGACUCAUGCAUGCCGGUCUUGGGCGGACUCGAUGCGACAAGGCAAAUUCGCGCCUACGAGCGCGAGCAUGGUCUUGAGCCGACGACGGUGAUUGGCAUCUCUGCUGGUUGUUUUAACGAAAAAGGAGAGGCGGCACAAAGCUGCGGGAUCAGCAUGUUCCUACGCAAGCCUUUCAGGAUUCGGGAUAUGCAGGCCAUCUUGGAGGAGAACGGCGUGUUGUAGGGAACACGAACGUGGUGAGACGAUCAGGUGACUGGGGCGACUGAACUGGGUUACCCUGAUGGGGGGUAUGAGCAAGGCGCUCAAGAUGACGCCACGGGUUUGAAAGGGUCGGGGUGAUGCUAUAAUGACGUGCAACCACUGACGAUACGUUGUCUGAGUGUUGCAAGGUCAUAUCAAGGAGGCGGGAGGUUGCUUUGAUAUCACGGGUGAUGCGUGAGCAUGAAAGGCCUUCCGCUCACGAUUGUCGAAUGUAGUUGAAAUAGAGCUUGAUAUCUGGCAAGCCACAAGAACGACUGGCGCACAGCAAUUUGCACCGCCCGCAUCAUGGACACUGUGUUCCCCAAUGUAAUUUUGACACGUCUGGAUGCCAAUUGUUGCAUUCAUUGCUGUUGACGCUGCUGCUAUCAAAUGGCUACUACUGUA